AGGAAAACGGGGAAAGCAGUCGGAGUUAAAUCCCCGGGUCCGGUUUUGGUGGGGUGGCAGAGCGCUGAGAGGAGCUGGGAGCAGAGGUUUUGUGGAGCGGGUCUGUGAGAGAGUUCUAGCUCGGCCGUGUUGUUCUCUGCGACCACCGAGUUCCAGCGCGCUGCCUCCCUGAGUUCUAAUUCUGUUCUUCGUAACCAGUGUCCUGCCUUCUUGAACCAUCCACAACUUCCACUUUAUUGGUAGACCUCUCUGAAGGUCUUCAUGAAAAGCUUCUGGGCUCCCGCGCGGGUGCAGUGGUGGCUCUGGACUCAUACAGCAAAUGGAUCGUCUGAAUAGAAAUAUAUCCUCCAAAGUUAUGUGCCUUAAGGCACACAUAUUGCUUUGCACUAAUUUAAAUAUUUGUUGCGUUUUUAAAUUUCAUUAUAUUGAGCGUUUCUCAAGCCUUAAUGCAUCUGCUUUAGCAAAAGUUCUGUGUUACCCUGUAGUAAUCAUCAAAUGAAUGAUAUCUUUUUCAUUCUGAAAGGAAUUUCAUUCAAACUGAAAGGAAGAGGAUGCUUAUGUACUUACUUAUUAAUUUUGAAUUUUUUAGUUUUUCAUUUUCACAGGAAACGCUUGUUUUUAAAGCAGUGAUUUUCUUUAUUACAUUGUUAACGUGGCAGCUGAGUGAAACUAAUUAAUCUGUCGUUUAGUGCAUGUUGAAAGGGAUGAGAAAAUAGUAAAAACCAAUACAGUUAGCAAGCAUUAUACUUACAUAGUGUUUAUUGCUUUAAAUAGCCACGGUGACUUUUAUACCAAAGAUAGACAACAUUAUUUAUCUUGUCUUUACAUUAUUAUGCAAAUCCUGUAUUAGUCAUUGCUUCUCGUUUCCCCUCUUUCAAAUAGUGGCUAUUGUAAAUAAGGCCAGUAGAAUAAAAAGCCACCUCUUCCCACAGAAUUUAUAGUCUAAUUAGAGAAAAAAGUGCUGGGAAAAAUGUUUUGAGCAAAUAGUGCAAUGUCGUGUUAGAUUUUGUCAGUUCUGUGUUGGAUGUUUUGUUUUUCUGUGUGUGUCUAUGUCUGCUGUUGUCUUAGUAAGCUGCCAAGGGAUUAAUCAAUGUAUCACAUUUAAUGGAAGGGUAGCAGUUAUGUGAAAACACUUAAGUGAGAACAGGCAGCCAGGUAGGCUAUUGAGACGAAAGGCUGUGCAUUAAUUCACAAGGAAGGUAGACUCUGCAGAGUCAAAACAGUGUGGAAAAACACCUGUCUUGGGAACAAAAAAUAUAGGGAACAACUUUAUAAAUGUCAGUGCUUAGAGUCAAGAUGUUAGGAGGAAUUCUCUGAAGUAAAAGAUGGGAGAGGGGUAGGAUAUGGCAGUGUAAGGGUGUACAGUUCAGUUGAGGUGACAAUUUAAAGUGGCCUUAUCUUCUCACAGGAAACAAUAUGGAAACACAGGAACUUCAACUCAGGAGGAAGAUGAAAGAUUGCGUCACUGAAGAACAUUUAUAUUUGGCUUUUUCUCAUCAGUACAGAGAGAGUAUCUUUCCUCUUCAUACAUCUAUCUCCCUGUUUUUGCUAUCCUACUGUGACUGCAAAUUAUUUAAAAUUUUCUUAGUGCCAACUGGCGAAGAUGUGGGUGAUCAGUGUGUGACGAAAAACCUCCCUGGCGAUCUUGAGGUGCUAAUCUCCAGGUGUCAGCUUCCAGACGUUGUGCAGAGCUGCAGUUUACCUGCAGUUGUCGUGAAAGAUGGCAAAUUCUGCCGAGCUGGGCUUUCUGUUGUCUUAAGACAUAUAAUACAGAAAACGUACGAGGCAGAUCCAUCUAAAAAGGAUGUUUUGGAACUCUUGGGCUUUAAGAAGACUUGCUUAAAAGCUUGUGCUGAAGUUAGCCAGUGGACCAGACUUUGUGAGAUCAGCAUUCCUCUGGCUGUGGAAAGGUUUUUGACGGCAUCUCCUGAGCGCUGUCAGGCUAUUCCUCCUGACAUUUUACAGUUUGAAAGGAAGCUUGGAGAACCUGUCCGAGUACAUAAUGAUGACAAAAUUCGUAGGCAAAAACUUCAACAGCAGAAGGCAGGUGCCAAGGCUGCAGUGCCCAUACUUGGUGAAGAAGCAGAAAGGGAAUUAAAAGCAGGGGAAGUGCAUGAGCAUCCACCCCCAAGUUUGGAACUGAGUUUAGCUUUCUCCAAGCUGCUUGUCCAGGAAGCAUCAGAUGCAGUCAACAGAGAGGCCUCCCACAUCAGGAGAACAAAAACUUCUGACCUUCCGCUCUUGGACCACAUCUUUGCAGAAGGACUUUAUUUUACUGUGGCAGAUAUAGUGCUAUUGCCAUGCAUCCAUCAGUUCUUGGUUUCCAGCAAGAAACAAGGCAGAAACCUGGUAAAUUUACCACUGAUAUCCACUUGGUAUCGAAGAGUUCAAGAAGUACCCGGAGUAAAGAAAGCUGCUGGCAAAUGCAAUAUGGAGCUUCUCCAGCUUCCAGAGUUGAUGUCUGCUCCAGAGGAACAGGCACAGGACUUCUCUUCAGUUCCUGAUGAGUUAGAAGAGGAGAACGAAGACAGUCAUUUUAUAGGUGGUCCAAGGCCAACUAUGACUAAAUUAAUGGGAAAAUGGAUUGAAGCAAAGUUUUUUCCACAUCCGUGCCCCAACUGGACCCUAGACUGGACCAGUCUACCGUCUGCAGUCAGUCCUGGGGAAGGAAAGAUGUCUAGAGACCGGGCUCUCAGGAAGCAGCAGCAACUGAACAAUUUGGUAGCAGUGGUGACAAAGCUUGCAAAGCCUGGAGAUGUGAUUGUGGAUUUUUGCAGUGGAGGGGGCCAUGUUGGAAUUGUUCUUGCUCACAUGAUGCCAUCAUGUCAGGUGGUACUCAUAGAAAAUAAGGAGUUGUCUCUGAUCCGUGCUAAAGACAGAAGUGAUGAACUAGGUUUAAACAACAUUUGGUUCAUUCAAGCAAAUUUGGACUAUUUUAAUGGGACUUUUAACAUUGGGGUGGCUCUGCACGCCUGUGGUGUGGCCACAGACAUGGUGAUUGAGCACUGCAUCCGGGCACGGGCAGCCUUUGUCAUCUCCCCGUGCUGUUAUGGCUUCAUUCAAAACACAGUCAAGUUCAAAUAUCCACGAAGUCAUCAGUUCAAAGAAAUUUUGUCCUACAAGGAGCACAUGAUUCUUUGCAGAUUUGCAGAUCAGACAGCUGUUCAGCUUCCACCUGAACGCAGGCUAAUUGGAAAACAGUGUAUGGGGCUUGUGGAUCUGGAUCGGGCAUGGGCUGCAGAAGAACAGAACUACUCUGUCCAAGUUAUAUCUAUGGAGCCAGAGAGUUGUUCUCCAAAGAACAAUAUGUUUGUGGGCACCCCUACUUAGAGUGUGAAACUUGCAUUCGAUUCGAAAUAGAACAUAAAUCUUCAGUGCAUAAUGACAUCCAGCAGAUAGAAGCAGAGCUGGGAACCAGACAUCACGCAUCUUGAAUGCAUUGCGCUCGGAAAAGGAAGCAGCCCAAAAAGUCUUAAAAAGCAAACUGCAUGCAGAGCAUCACAAAUCAACUUGCGAUGUGUCAUUAAGCAACUUUUGGUUCUCUUCUGAGAAGUUUCUGGAUCUAAUGACUGUGCAUGGAAUUAUAUCCAUCUGUAAAGAUUUAGAAAAAAGUUGGUCUCAUUGAAGGGAAGGUGGUUUCCUUUUCAGUAAAGCUGUUUCUUGGCUGCUUGAAAAUUGCGUUCAUGGUCAAAAACUGCGUUUGGAUUUAUAAGCAGAGCAGUUAUCAGCCAGAAGUGCUGAUCACUAGAGGAACAGAAAAGAUCAGAUUUACGGUGUUAGUGAAGAAGGAUGUGGAACAGGUGGUGGCUUGACUUUGCUAAAGAAUUCCAUACUACUGUAGGAAGAUUAUUUUUAAUAAAAGUUCAUCAGAUUA